AUGGUUGCUUUUCCUCCUCCGCCGGUGAACACCAUUGACUGGAGCAAUGUAGGCUUCAAGGUCCGCGAGGUCAACGGCCACAUUGAAUCGACAUACUCCAAGACAACUGGCAAAUGGACUCCCCUCCGCUUUGUCGCCGACCCAUUCAUGCGCAUCCACGGCAUGGCACCAGCCCUCAACUACGGCCAACAAGCCUACGAAGGUCUCAAGGCGUUCCGCACUCCCGGCGAUCAGGGCAUCACCAUCUUCCGCCCAGACCGAAACGCCGUGCGCCUCCAGCACUCUGCCGAAGUAGCUUCCAUGCCCGAAGUCCCCGUCGAGACCUUCCUCCAGGCAUGCCGAUCUGCGGUUGCCCUCAAUGCUGGCUUCGUGCCUCCUCACGAGACUGGCGCCGCGCUCUAUGUCCGUCCCCAGCUGUACGGUUCAAGUGCCCAGCUGGGCCUUGAUCCUCCCGAGGAAUAUACCUUUUGUGUGUUUGUUAUUCCUACAGGUGUGUACCACGGUACGCAUCCCGUUAAAGCCCUCAUCUUGGACGAGUUCGAUCGCACCGCGCCCAAUGGUACCGGCCACGCCAAAGUCGGUGGUAACUAUGCGCCUGUUCUGAAAUGGAGCGGCAAGGCGAAACGGGAAGGCUACGGAAUCACACUACAUCUCGACAGUGCCAAGCAUGAGGAGAUUGAUGAAUUCAGCACCUCUGGCUUCAUCGGUGUCAUUGCCAAUUCUGAAACCGACGUGACACUUGUGGUCCCUGACUCAUCCUGCGUCAUAGACAGUGUCACAAGCGAUAGUGUGCAGGAAAUUGCCAAGAGCUGGGGCUGGAAGGUUGAAAAGCGAUCUAUUAAAUACUCCGAAAUUCCCAAGUUUAGCGAGGUUUUCGCUGCGGGAACUGCCGCGGCCUUGGUGCCCAUCCGAAGCAUCACCCGCCGCAAGAGCCCUGUUAGUGGUUCUCUGCCUGCUGGUGGCCGAGUCACGUCGACGGCUGAUGCGGACGUGGUGACGUAUAUUUCUGAUGAGCAGGAUGAAGCUGGUCCUAUUUGCCUGAAAUUGUUGACGCAUCUCAAGGCGAUUCAGCUGGGUAAGGCGAAGGACGAGUUUGGAUGGAGAUGUGUUGUGGGUGAGAAGGAUUUGGAUGUGCAGGGUGCGGUGAGGGAGAAGAAUGGUACGGCGACUCCGCAGACGGUUGACCAGAUGGAUUAG